AAGACAUGUUUUAUUUCAUAGCAUAAAAUUUUCAAAUCAUCUAGUUACUGGAAAUAUCAUACUCAUAUAAUUUUCAACAUGAUGGCUAGAAAAGCCAUUUCUUUGUACCCGGCCAUGAGUCGUUCUUUUGAUUUUCAGACCUGGCUGUCUUCCAGGGUGUAACUGUCUAUUUUUUGAAUCAAUAUAUGAUUAUCUUUUGUAAAAAAAAAUGAUGACCCCAUUUAUUGACUGAAGUCCUUGAUCAAAGUAAAAAACAAAAGCACGCAAGGAAAUUUACUCUUAAAAAUUUAAUAAAACAACCACACUAUUUGCUACUCGAUGUCAACAAUUAUUGCAAAUUUCAUUUUGAAUUUCUUGUGAUCGCUCUGCCUCUGCCUUCUUUUUUUUUUUUGUAGAAAGAUCAACGUUGUGGCGUUUAAUUCGUAUUAAGGGUUAAACAAUCAUGGGAGAUACCCACGAUAUCAUGGCGAAGCCAAUGGCCAAGUUCAAGGUCGGACACAUUGAAACGAUGUGUACCAAAAUUACAUAGCGGUCCCUAUUAGCUAGGUAGUCAGCAGCAAAAUUAGCCUCUCUAAACACAUGAGAGAUUUUCACUUCCCAAUCAAGAUUAAGAAGAUGAGUAAACUGUCUAGCUAGAGUGCCAUGGCGAUGGUCAUAAUCCAGGUGGUUCUUGAUGAUGCUCACAGCAGUAGCCGAAUCCAGGUUCAGCUCCACCUUCCCGUGGCCCCCUUCCCAAGCAAUCUUCAACCUUUCAAGUGCGCCUUACAACUCUGCAGUGGUAAUAGUACACUUGUCAAGGUUACAAAUGGAGGCCUGCUUGCAUCCGCCGAGAUGGUCCCGAGACCACCUACAACAGCGUUACCCGAUGGUGAUAGAGAACCAUCUGCUUGGACUUGAAUCCAUCCAUCCUCUGGCGGUUUCCACGCGAUUUGGCUGUUGCUGUAACUCCUCACCAGCAGAUUGGUAGUAAUUAAGUCACGUUGAUUAACCUGCUCAAUGAUGUUGAGCUAGGCUUUAAUGCGUCCAAUCAAACCUUGCUCUAAGAACUUGUUGCCGUCGAGCACUUCUUCAUUCCUUUGCUUCCAAAGGUUCCAACAGAUAACACCAAAAUCCACCCAUUUUUCCCCAUUGCAGAUAUUGUUGAGAAGCCAUUCCUGAAAUGGGGAAGUGAGGUUGGUGGAAGUGAGUUUGUCUUUUAAUUUAUGCCACAGUCCUGUUUAUUUUCUACAGUUGCGGAGUAUAUGCUCGAUGGUCUCCUCCUUAUCUUGGCAGCUGUUGCAGUAAGGAUUUCUUGUUAGUGAACACUUUGUCAUGAAGGACCAACCAAAGGAAGUGUUUAAUCCUGUUUGGUCUUUUCCAUUUCCACAGAGAUUUCCGCCUUCUACAACAACAUUAUCUCCACCAAUUACUAAUGCAUUUGUCUUCCUUAACGUAAACUUUUUCUUCACGAAAGGCUAUUCCUACUUAUUUUUUCAUUGGAAGCCUCUGUUUUAUGGUAAUAUGUUUGGAAACACUGGACAUCAUGAGAUUUUUUUCCACAAUAGGCUAUUCCUACACAUUAAAACUUUACGUCUCAU